AUGGCGCUUAUCGACCGCAUCAAGGAUGCUGCCCAAAAAUUCAUACCUGAGAGAAAACCGAUUGGCCAAGGUCCAGGGAUGGUGCCUUUCGAUGAUGAGAUGCCAAUAUCCAAACCUGCAAUUAUUUUCCAUGCCAGCCAGAUGUUUUUUGCUUUUCUUGCCAUGUGCUGCUUUGCCUCAGUGGCAUCCUUCCAGGCCAAAUGGAAUGUUGGACCCUCUGGGCUUUCUGGUCUGGCGGUGUUUGUGGCUGUGACGAACUUGCUGCUCGCAGUUACUCUAAUUCUAGUUCCUGUGCUAUAUGACAAGUACAAUAAGUUAGCGAAUCUUGCACGCGCAUUCAGCGAGCUGCGGGUUGGAUUUAUCCUAGCUGGAAUUGGACUCGCGGAAACUUUUCUUAUUAGCUUUGUCGCAACUAUUUCAGCCUGGACGGAAGCUGGAUGCAAGGACCCUAAUAAAGACCCUCAUGCCAAGUCUGGUGGCGAUGCUUUUAAGAAAGCUCUUCCUGGGUGGUGCAGAACUAAGAAAGCUGGCGCUAUCUUCUUUUGGCUUGGUACAAUUUUCUGGAUUUGUUCUGUCGUUUUAUUAGUUUUAGACUGGCGAUCUGGGCGAUCCGAGAGAGGGCUGCGGCCCCGUGACCCCCCAUUCAGGCAUCCCUCUGACCCUAAUGACGACGACGCUGAGUCGAUGAUGUCACGUCAGCAAUCACGCCGAACCACCGCACGCCAGGAAGAUGCCGAGGAGGAUGAGCUGGAAUCUCCCUUCAGUGACCCCUAUCCCCGACGCCAGGAUUCACCCUAUCGUUAUCAACAACCUGCUGCACGAGUGAGCAUGGAUACUUAUGGGGCAUUCUCAGACCCGCUGCCCUCCGGUUACACGAACGCAGCGGCGCCAUCCAGGCCGUCAUUCUCAUCUCCACCACCCCAACUCCCCCCUCUUCGUCACCCCGGGGAUAUCGAGCCCCCACGUUAUCAACAAUCGGAUUUCUACCGGCCCCCACAACCUCCACAGGGGAUGUCCAGAACCAUGGCGCUAGCAUACGAAGAUACUGGGACCACUGAGGCAACCUAUGAUGAUCCUUAUGACAGAGUGAAAGCCAACUUAGAGUCUGCACGACCUAGAGAUCCACCUAGUGCUCCUUCAGGGUACAGAUGAUAAGGGAUGCUGCUUUGUCGUUUGGGUGCGCUACUGAUACACUAACACGGACUUCUGCCACAUAUCCAAUACAUGUACACCUUAAUAUAUAUAUAUCUUCUACUGCGUUCAUUAAUGUCGUCUACCACU